CUGGCCCACCCUCUCUUCUCCUCACGACACCGCUCCCCGACGCCGCUCCCUCCCCUCCACCCCCACAUCACCUCCUCGCCCUGUGCUGAUAGGCACUUUUCGCCCCGCGUCCCAUAUGCCUUUGUCUGGACACAAUCAGUCCUUUCAACAACGACUUGUCUAGUUUCCUCAGCCUUCACCCUGCAAUUCUGAGCUUUUCCAGAACCUGCGAGUCCAUUGCCGUGAUAUAAACGACCCAUCGCCUGUUUGGCUACAAGAUGUCUUCCUACCAUUACCCCGAGCGUUCCUCGCUCAUACGAUACGUCAUGAGCCAUCUGAUUGUCCGUCAGCUGCAAUCCGUCUUGAAAUCAGAAGGCCUCCCGACUAGUGGACUAAAGGCCCCGCUGCAGAAACGCCUUACAACUCACAUCGAGGACUUGAUCAGCAAGGGCGAUACAUCGGGCCUUGAGCGGGUUAAGAACCUCAUCUAUCGUCCCGAGUCUCCCGCGCCCUCCCGGAAUUCGACCGUGAACUAUAACCAAACCAGCGGCUAUGCAUCGCCAGCUCCUCCUAUGGCCCAGACGCCGCCAUACUCUGCUCCGGGCUAUGGAUCUCCAAGUGCGGCCUUGAGUCGAAUUCACUUUAAGGAAAGUCCAUUCUACUCGGUGCUUGUGGGGUUAACUCCUCUGGAGACAUGCCCUAUCAUGACCGCGAACCGCCACUCAGUUCAUGUCUCUGUGGUACUAUCAGCACCACAACUCCAGCAAAUAAGUACGGAUAAAUCUUAUCGCUGCAUGGUCUACUGCGCUGCAGUCGAUGGGAUCACUGCCUAUACCAAGGAUACGGAUAUUGCGUUUCCUCAUCAGGUCGAGCUUCGUGUCAAUGAUGUUCAGAUAUCUGGGUUGAACCUUCGUGGUCUGAAGAACAGACCUGGGUCAACAAGACCGGCGGACAUUACAGAUUACCUCAACAGGAAGCCAGGACAUAGAAACCAGGUUACACUCACAUAUGCUCUUACCCAAAAGAAGUUUGCGUUUGUGGUCAAUUACGUGAAGACAGAUUCUGUCGAGGAGCUUGUUGAGCGCCUGAGAGCUGGCGCUUCAAUCACUAAAGAAACUGUUAUUGCUGAUAUGGUCAGGAAGAACGAAGAUUCGGAUCUAGUCGCUACCUCCAGUAUCAUGUCCCUCAAGUGUCCCCUAUCCACCCUCCGUAUCGACCUGCCCAUUAGAUCUACCUUUUGCAACCAUAUGCAAUGCUUUGACGCAACCUCUUUCCUUCAGCUGCAACAACAGGCUCCGACUUGGUCUUGUCCAACUUGUAAUAAGAGUAUUAGCUGGAAAGCGCUUGUCGUCGACCAGUAUUUCCGUGAUAUUUUGAACAAUACGCCCAAAACAGUAGACUCUGUAACUAUCGAUGUUGAUGGGGCUUGGUCCGUGGCUGCGGAAUCAUCCGGAACCCCCAUGCCAGAUACUGAUAGCGAGGACGGGAAUGGGGGACGAGAUGAUAUCAUCGAAGUCUCUGGGAGCCGAUUAUCAAAGUUGAGGGUUGAGGCCACACCGAUUGCACCCUCUCCCGUCGCUACAACCUCUCGCGAGGGAUCUGCUUCGGUCCCCAGAAGCUCCAUCAGCGCAAAACGCCCGGCCUCACAGGUCAUUGACCUCACCCUAAGUGAUGACGAAGAUGUUGUGCGUCCAGCCAAACGCAUCAAUUCGUUUCUCACUCCCACUAGCAUGAGUUCCGAUGGCCGCGGCGGCGGCAGUGGUAGUAGCUCAAGUAAUGGGAAUGGGAGCGUGUUUCCGCCUUUCGAUCCGGUCGUAUAUAACGGGAACAGCCACUCGCCGGUAGGGACUCCCGGCCCAUUUCUGGCGGGCGGGUAUGGCAGAUGAUGGUGACGUGAUGAUGUUUUCUCCUAUCUGGAAAAGGGGAAGAUGAAAGAGGGCCCACUUGAUGUUUCUACGCUACCCCUUGCGAUACCAACCAUAAUUGAAGUCUGCAAUCACGAAUUGAAAUAGGGAGAAAGAGGAGGUGGGGGAAGAGCGACCACUAUGGGAUAGGCGUUCACCAAAAUACUCACGCUUCUCUUUGUCUGAUGGGAGACAUUCGUUACAGAAAAUCGUUUGUUUUUCCUCUCCUCUCCUCUCCUCUUCUUUUACCAAGGAAGCUGGCGACUUGUCUUGCUUAGCUAGUUAGCACAUCUUUGCUCACCCCCCCUUUCAUAUUCUUCUUAUCAAAGCUUCCAUUGCCCACACUAUUCCCUUUGGUAUCAUUUUUCGCCCUUUUUGUCGUUUCAUUUCGUCUUCAUAUUAAGUAUCAUUACACAGUAGCUCUCUCCUUUCCUUUCCUUAUUAUCAGCUGGGACAGGGGGUGUUUUUCCGGGACAUUCAAAGAUUUUCCUCUU